UUCGCUCAACACGGUGCAACAUUCUUUGCUCCUGGGUCAAUGUUUUCAGAUCCCUCAGGGAGCUGUGUGUCGACCAUCGUCUACAAAACACUUCAUAAAGUGUUUAGACUUAAGGAGAAGGGAUUCAGUGAAGCUCAAAAGGAAGGGGGAAAGCUGCAGACGAUUGGCUCGAGUAUCAUCUCAGCUACGGUUCUACCAACUCCAAAAUUCCCAUUGGAAAAACCAGUUAAACUGGUUUUUAAACGUAACAAUCAGAGCCGUAAUUUGAUUGGACAGUGCGUAUUCUGGGAGAUUGGCCGAUCGCAGCGAACGUGGCUUACACGUGGCUGUACACGUGUGGAUCAUGAAUCAAAUGCUCAAGUCACAACGUGCGAGUGCGAUCAUUUGACCAUCUUCGCUAUUUUAAUGAAAAACAAGCCGGUGCAAGCACAACAUCAACACAACCUUGAGUAUAUUUCCACGAUAGGCUGCGCAUGCUCUCUACUGUUCCUUCUGCUGACCUUUACGGUGGUUGUUUUGUGCUGGAAACAAGUAAAGAGUAUUCGAGUCAUAAUGUUACUGAAUCUUUGUGUGGCCAUUGCUGCUUCUUGUUUUUUGAUCAUCCUGGUUGGAUAUGCGAAAAAAAUAGAGAUGCUAUGCACAGUCACUGCAGUAAGCCUCCAUUAUUUCCUAUUGUGUGUAUUUUCAUGGAUGCUGGGUCAUGGCGUUAUCCUGUAUUUCCUGAUUAUCAAAGUUGAGACGCAAGACAGUAUAAAGUCAAGGAUGAAAUGGAUCUACACCUUUGGAUGGAUUUCCCCUCUGCCAAUUGUGGCCGUGUCAUUGGUAUUGACUGGUGCCGAUAGUUACGCAGCCAAUAACUGCUGGCUGACAAUAGAGUAUGGGAUAAUUUACUGGACCUUCGUUGUCCCAGUUGCGAUAAUCGUGCUGAUCAACUCGAUUUUGUUUUUUGUCCUGCUACAUCGUAUAAGCAGAGCUUCAAGGUCCAAAGAAAAGAUAACACGUGCCAAGCACGUGAGGGCUUGGUUACGUCGUUCAGCAAUGCUAUUGCCAUUAAUGGGAGUCACGUGGUUGUCUGGCUUUCUGACGUUCAUUUCCUCUACAGUUGUUUUUCAUUACAUUUUUACCAUAUUGAACUCGCUACAAGGAUUCUUUAUCUUUUUUAAUGUUUGCGUCUUAGAAGAUACGUUCAGAGAAUCUAUGGUUAUUACGUUGUGUAAGCACGCCAGGGAAAACUCUGACCGGUACCUGAAUAAACACGUAUUAAGAUCCACUCCUACACAAAUACAAAUUGCAGUUUCUAAAGACAAAAAGAUUAAUGUUAGUCAACAAGAAGGAUUUGAUGACCUCGCAAACAACAAGGACUCAAAGAGACUCAAAAUUAAACGGCAGAAUUGGAUGACAACCAGUCGUCUUUAGCAGAAGAGACGACAGAUCUAUAUGUUUUAGAAUCAGAAUAGAUACAAAGGAAAGUUAUGCGUUGGACGAAAACAAAAACUUGAAUUUGUGGCAAUCAGAGCUUCCUUUUCCCAGAAAGACAUUUUUGUAUAAUUUGAAAUAUGAUGGCAAUAUCGUAUUUUCUGGUGAUUUGAUCAAAACACUUUACCCAAAUGAUUUAAAAAUAAACCCAAAAAUAAGA